AAAUGUACAAUGUAGGAUACUUCUUUCUUCAAAGUAAACUAACAUUUUGAGUCAGCAGCAAAUUAAAAAGGUGUUGGAAGCGCCAUGUCCGACCUUGCCCCAGCGGCGAAGAAUCUGAACCCAAAUGGGAUCGUCCUCUGAGUGUCGCCCAUGUGUGUGGCUAAUCUACUAAUAAGGAUUAUCCAGGUCUGCAGAUGGUAGCUGACCUGAACACAUGUUGCUCCAACUUCAUUUCACCCCGGGUCGUUCCUUCUUUGGAGUUUGGAAUGAGUCAUUGUCAUCCAAAUCAAUCAUUGCUUAUGUCAGGUUAAAUCAAAGCGAGGUGGCGAGAGUACUUUGUACAUAAGGCAGGGACACCCCAAAGUAUGCAAUAUGACCUACUCUUUCACAAUACUCAUGUUUUCUUUCAUUUGGGAUCAUCAUAUUCUCCAGGAAUUUCAGUUUAGUACUGUAAUAUGAAGUCAAAAUAUACAUUGAACAAGGAGGACUCCUUUUUUUUAACUUCUUCUUUCCAAGAGGUAACCAACUACAUUUGUCCAGGGCCAAAAUCUAGCCUGACAGUCACCUUAGGGGCCGGAAUUUCAAAUAAAAAGGAACUUAAAAUCAAUUGCCGGCUUAACAUCAUUACUUGAUGUUCAUUAUGUCACAUUCUUUCCAGUUCCUUACAAAACUGGAGGCAUUCUUAGCGUUUAUGAGUCAGGCUUUUCUUUAAACAUUCUCAUCAUUAUGGAAACCAUUAGCCGGCUAGACCGAAUGGUUUAGCGGGUCAAAUUUGCAGGUUAGUCCCGUGCGCGGUCCUGCAUGCGCAAACAAGACGCUUCUGGCACAUGUGACGAAAGCGACGCAGAGCAACAAACACACAGUCUGAUUGGUCGUUUAGAGGCGAGCCGUGACGUCACUGCUCGUUGCCAGAAGCGUCAUGUCAGUCGUCAAAAAGACUCAAGUGGAAGCGGGAGGUGGUGUGGCUAGCCAUCUCCAGUGUCCGCUCUGUGGUAAUUUUGCCAAAAGUCACGCCUAUCAGCUGUCCCACAUGGCCUCCGCCCAUCCCACCUACUUGGACAGUGUGGCGGUGGGUCGCCUCGGCAACAUCUUGAUGUACCAGAGCACUGCCCAACUGUUCCACUGCGCCGAGUGCUUUUUCACCACCCGCGACUUCACUAAACUGUACCAGCACAUCAUCACCAAGCACUGCUUGGACGAGACGGUGGCGGCGGAGCGAGGAACCGACGCGGAGUACAACGGGAGCAAAAAAGGGGACAAGGAAGCAGAUGAGGAAGUAAAGGAAGCAGACAAGGAAGAUAUGGAAGUAGAUGGGGGAGUGAAAGAAAUAGAUAAGGAAGUAGAUGAGGAAGUGAAGGAAGUAGACGAGGAUCUGAAGGACACCAAUGAGGAGGAGGCAACUCCUCAGAUACUCAACAGCGGGGAGGAGGUGAAGGAUGAGGACAACAUGUCAGAGAGAAAGAUCUGCGACGUGGAUGAACGCGUGUUGCUCUUUGACGGUGCAAUUUAUCAAUGCCUGAUUUGCGGCGUGUGGAAAAACAAACUGAAAGGUUUGGCCAUUACCCACGUGGUGCGCAAACACAGGAUCCCGAGGGAAUUUGCUACUCAGAGGAUCGGACAAGACAACGGCGCUUCGACCUCUACCUUUACGCCCAAACGGCAUCCGAGCAACGGCAUGGAGGAAGAGGAGGAAGAAGGGUUGAGUCUUGACCUUCUCAAAGAGGAAAUGGAGGCAACGGCCAAAGUUCUCCACUUUCGCUUCAAUCGCUACGUCUGCGUGAUAUGCGGCUGGAAGACCAAAAUGAAAGGUUUUGCCAUCAGUCACGUGGUGCGUCGCCACAACGUGCCGCGUCCCUACAGCUGCAAAGACUGCAACUCCUCGUUCUUCCUGCCCAGCCGACUUCAGCAGCACAUCCGAGCGGUUCACCGGCCGGGACGCUACGCCUGCCCCUUCUGCAGCUUCAGGUCACACUUCCUAGCCGGCUUCAGGAGACACUGCGGUCGAUGCACUGCCCGCGAGGAAGGGGAAUGGGGACUGGGAUUGGUGAUGGGCGAGGAGGGGAGAGAGGUGGUGAUGGUCAAAGAGCAGACCAAGGAAACGAGAGCUGGGAGGAAAAGAGCACGGAGGCUGAUUGAAGAGACGGAGGAUGAAGACGAGCUCAUGUUUUUCUAACAGUGCUUCUCAAUUUUUUAGGAAGAAGAAAAUAUCUCACAACCUCCAUAGUGACUAUAAAUCAGGGAUUGUCAACCGGUGGUCCCUCUAGUGGUCCGUGGGAAUAUUGCAGGUGGUGCGCAAAAUUGGAAAUAAAAAAUAAUUGUAACAUU